UGUUUCAGUUUGUUGCUGUCCUUCGAUCGUGUCGGACGUGUUUCAAUUCAGAGUUCCAAACGACCAAGAGUGGAUUUUUUAAGAAUUUCAUAACUUUUGUCACUAUUACCAGACCUGAAGAUAAAAAUUUUAAAAAUCGGAGAAAACGUCUGAAUCCAAAAUGUCCAACUUCGAGUAUUAUCUGCAAGAUAUUGCCGCCGACAUUUCAAGUCCGAAUGAUGCCGAUAAUUUUGAUGACUUUAUGGAGGUAAAGAAUUACGUGCUGCAAAAAAUGCGCAAGGAGGAUUCAUACUUUGACGAGAUCUGCCAGAACGAUAUUCUCUUCGGCAGCGCAGCUCACAAUAUACGUCUGCACAACGACGAUGAGUACGAUGUGCUGAUGGAGCUGCGCUUUCCGGCUCACAAGCGCAUCAUUCAAGUGGAGAACAAAAAUCGUCCUGGCUUUGUGUUCUUGGAUUUCUCUGAAGCCAGUUACGACGACAAGGUGACCUAUGAGUUGGCUAACAAUCAGAAAAGCUACUUGAAUCGAAGCUUACUCAAGAAAUGGCUGCAUAAUAUCUUCACGGCUGCCAUGUCUAAUUAUUACAAUGUCGUCUAUUCCGGCUUUGAGCAGUAUGAACUGAGUUAUUCGUGGCGUGGCAUUACCUAUACCAUUUAUGCGGAAUCGGAGUCGCGCUCUUUCUCCAUUGACUUUGUGCCAGCCGUGAAGAUUGAGCGGCCGAAUUCCAAGACUUGGUAUGCCAUCCCCAAGGAGAAGUCCGGACCCGGCAACACGGCCAACUUUACAUACAUGAUUAGCAAUUCACAGGCAGAACUGCAGCAUGUGAAAAAUUGUGGUUGUGCGAUGCAGGAUGCACUUCGUCUCAUGCAGGCUCUACGCAGCUCGAGGGGUUUGCAGAAACUACGAUGCUAUCACAUGGUCACCGUUGCCAUUUGGAUGGCCAGGCGAUUGGGUCACAAGACUGUGCAAAACAUGUCAGUCACUCAGGCUUUUCUUUCAUUGCUGUCGGAUUUGUGCGAUGCUUUUAUAGAGAGACAUCUGUCCUAUGUUUGGGACUCAGGUAUGAAUCUCCUUAGCAACUUCAACUCGGGAGAGUUAUCUCACUACGCCAAUGAACUGUGCAGUGCCUUUAACACUCUCAAGUCGUAUCCAUAUCAAUCAACGCUGAGCUAUCGUCGUUGCCAACAACACUUCAUUUAAAGCAUAUGAUUCGAAUUGCAAAAUUACAUUCUUAUCCAUGAAUUCAAAUUAUUUAAUUGCUUGUCUGGUGGAUUCUUUGUGUUGAUUUACUCUAUGUAUUUGAAAUAGUAAAAACGAUCAAUGCUAUAAUUUGCUUAAAAUUAAAAAUCCAACUGUAUCAUUGACAUUUGUUUUUCUUAGACAUGAUGAUCUAUAUUUAUAGCUUAAGUUUGCUUAUAAUAUUAAAAGAUUUUUGCAAUUCAAAUUCAACUCAAAUUGAAAUCUGUCUUCACAGUGACUGCUGAGAUAAUUAAUUGGUGUAAUGGUCACUUGCAAAUUACAGUAUUUUUUUUUUCAUAAUACCGACUCUAAUUGUUUGGUCCCACUACAUACAAAUUUAUUCAAAAAUCUGCUAAUCAGAAACAUUUCUAAUUUUAAAUGUGAGACAUUCAAGAAAUACUACAUAGUUGAAACGGAAUACAGAUUCCUUUAAAGAUUUAUAGAAAAGAUGGAUUUUCGACGGUUUAA